ACAUUUGGUAACAGAGCCCUUGUCCCUUGAGGUUAAGAGUAUGGUUACACUUGCAGCGGCAGCAGCUGCCUGAGCGUAUCAGCAACAGGGGGGGAAGACAAAUCCCCCCUCCCACCUCUUCUCCUCCUUUGCCAGUUUUAUCAUAUAUCACUGCUUCCUUCCUCCCUCCCUCCCUUCCUUCCCCGCUCUCUCUUUCUCUUUCUCUUCUCUCUGACCUCCUCACAGCUUCCCACCUGGUCACUCCAGAGUGCACACAGUGGAGAGUUUUGUCAGCCCAGCUCCGGAGGAGAAUCCUUCAGCCACUGAGCAAAAGGAGAGCCAAGCAAGGACCGCUGGAAGCCAGAGCAGAGCAGAGCGGAGGGAAGCUGGUUGGUGCCAGCUCGGCUUCCAUGUGUGCCUGCCCACCGAUGCUAAACCGGCUGCUGCAGCUCUGAAGGAGGCUGACUGAGCAUGCGGGACAAAGUUGCUCUCGGGAGUUGAAGGACUUGGGCUAGGAAGUCAAGAGCAACUUGCAGCGAGCUGGCUCCCUCCAGGCUCCUGUUAAAUGAAACCACCUGAGGAACAUGAGAUUUCCUACUGGAGAGGGAGGGAGGAUGCCAAGCCCGGUAAGGAGGGAGAAAGGCGCAUUUUAAGUCUUCAGUGUUGUUUGCAUUGAGUGUGGUGGGAGAGAGAGAGAAGGAGAGAGUGUCAAGAGUAAAUGAGGGAGGGAGGAGAACUGAUACGGGCACCUGAUGCCAGCUGCAAAGAUGACAGAGACCCUCCAGCUCCCGGCACUGCAAGUCCCGGAGCAGCAGGUGGCAGAGUGCGGCCACGCCUGGUCCAGUUCGUCCACACCGACCCUGCGCCGAAGGCGGUUCAGGAUGAGGCGCGCAAGGAAUGUCCAGGAUCCGAGCCUAGAGACUGCGCCCUCCAGCAAGGAGUUCCUACAGCUCCCCUCCAUUGAAAUCACCCCUUCCAGUGAUGAGGACACCCCUUGGUCUAACUGUUCCACGCCCAGCGCCUCUCCACGGCGCAAGCGCUUCCUUCUCCGCAAGUGGUUGAAUGUGAGGGAGAAGAAGGAAUGCAGUGAGAGCAGCAGCCAACAGAGCAGCCAGCAGAGCAGUCAUGAUGAUGACCCAUCCCGAUUCCUGAGCCCCCGAAUGCGUGACGACGGCACUGCCAGUAACUCAAAUCGCAGCAGUCCUGCUUGCUCCCCUAUCCUGCGCAAACGCUCCCGGUCUCCAACGCCACAGGACCCCCAAGGAGACACCAUGGUGGAGAAAGGCUCAGACCACUCUUCAGACAAAUCCCCUUCCACGCCAGAACAAGGCGUGCAACGUAGCUGUUCCUCUCAGUCGGGUCGUAGCGGGGCCAAGAAUUCCAAGAAAAGCCAGAGUUGGUACAAUCAUGAACGACAGCACAUCCGCAGAGUGCUGAGCCCAACCUACAAGCAGCGGAACGAAGACUUCAGGAAACUCUUCAAGCAGCUCCCCGACUCAGAGCGCCUCAUAGUUGAUUACUCCUGUGCACUUCAAAGAGACAUUCUCCUGCAGGGCCGACUCUACCUCUCUGAAAACUGGAUAUGCUUCUAUAGCAACAUUUUCCGCUGGGAAACACUGUUGACUGUCCGUUUGAAGGACAUCUGCUCUAUGACCAAGGAAAAAACUGCACGGCUCAUUCCUAACGCUAUCCAAGUUUGCACUGACACUGAAAAGCACUUUUUCACUUCCUUCGGCGCCCGAGACAGGACAUACAUGAUGAUGUUCAGGCUCUGGCAGAAUGCCCUUCUUGAAAAGCCCCUGUGUCCAAAGGAGCUCUGGCACUUUGUGCAUCAGUGUUAUGGUAGUGAACUAGGGCUGACGAGCGAUGAUGAAGACUACGUGCCUCCUGACGAUGAUUUCAACACGAUGGGUUACUGUGAAGAGAUCCCCGUGGAAGAAAUUGAGGUGAACGACAGCUCCUCGAAAAGCAGCAUGGAGGCCAAACCGGAGGCGAGCCCUCAGCUUCCUAAGAAGUCUGUCACCAAUAGUAGCACAUUGACACCGACAGGAAGCAGUGAAGCUCCAGUCCCAUAUGAAGGAGUAGUUCCCGAGGAAGAGGAGCUCAUUGACGUCCCCUCAGAGAAGGAGCUGACAAUCGCAAACCUUAUCGGAGACAAGAUUGAGAUCAUUGCCCCCAUUAAUUCCCCCUCCCUGGACUUCAAUGACAAUGAGGACAUUCCAACUGAACUCAGCGAUUCCUCGGAAACUCACGAUGAAGGGGAAGUUCAGGCCUUUUACGAUGAUCUGAAUGGACGGCAGUACAUGAACGAAGUCUUCAAUUUUAGUGUGGAUAAGCUGUAUGACCUGCUCUUCACAGACUCUCCGUUCUUGAGGGACUUUAUGGAGCAGCGGCGGUUUUCUGACAUUGUAUUUCAUCCCUGGAAGAAGGAAGAAACUGGAAAUCAGAGCAGAGUUAUCCUUUAUACCAUCACCCUCACCAACCCUCUAGCCCCAAAAACUGCCACUGUCACUGAGACUCAGACAAUGUACAAAGCAAGCCAAGAGAGCGAGUGCUACGUGAUAGAUGCAGAGGUGCUAACUCACGAUGUCCCCUACCACGAUUAUUUCUACACAAUUAAUCGUUACACAUUGACGCGCGUUGCCAGAAACAAAUGCCGUCUCAGGGUUUCUACAGAGCUACGAUACAGGAAACAGCCAUGGGGGCUGGUGAAAUCUUUCAUUGAGAAGAACUUCUGGAGUGGCCUAGAUGAUUAUUUCCGCCAUUUAGAGAGUGAACUGACCAAAACAGAGAGCACAUAUCUAGCCGAGCUCCAUCGAGAAUCCCCCAAAGUGAAGGCAAGCAAGCAAUCCACAGUGCGCCGGAGGAAGCGGCCCCAUACUCACCUGAGGGGGCCUCACCUGGAGGAAGUCCUGAGCCCUGUAACUACCCCCACAGACGAGGAAGCUGUAGGUCGAAUCAAGCGUGUGGCAGGUUCCACUCAAACACGGCAUAUCCCUGAGGAAAGUCCCAGCGGCUUCCACCUGCAGAGCGUCUCCAAAUUGCUGCUCAUUAUCAGUUGUGUUCUGGUGCUUUUGGUAAUCCUCAAUAUGAUGCUGUUCUACAAACUCUGGAUGUUGGAAUACACUACUCAAACCCUCACAGCAUGGCAGGGUCUACGGUUACAGGAAAGGUUACCCCAGUCCCAGACUGAAUGGGCCCAGUUAUUAGAGUCCCAGCAGAAGUAUCAUGACACAGAGCUUCAGAAGUGGCGGGAGAUCAUCAAAUCAUCCGUGAUUCUCCUAGAUCAGAUGAAGGACUCACUAGUAAACCUCCAGAAUGGAAUUGGGUCCCGUGAAUAUCGGCCGGAGCCAGACGAAAAACGGAAACGGUUCCACUAGCAGACAGGAACCCAAGUGCGGCCAGAGGACUGUGUGCAAUACAUGUACAUAGAAUAUAUAAAUAUAUAUAUAUACAGAAUAUAAAUAUAUAUAUAUAUAUAUUAUAUACAGAUUUUAAAAGAGAGAGCGAGAGAAAAAUGAAGCCUACGUACUGAGAAGAGAGAGUGGUGUGUUGAUCCGACCUCCAGCACUGGAUGAAAUGGAGCGUCAUCUGGGAUAGGGGCAGGAUGCGGCCGGGUUGUGCUCUCCCGGCACUGAGGCAUUGUGGGAAAGUGCACCCCGUGCCAUCCUGGGGCCCUCCCCCACACCUCUCUUAAUAUCUGUUUGUCCGUCUGUCUGUCUGUCUCCCUCUCUCUCCGUCUGGGGUGUGUGUGUCGGGGGGGGGGUAUUUCACCCAAAGGGAAGAAUCAGAAGGCGUGAGAUCCCACCCACUCACCCUCUCCUCCACAUUUUACUGAAAGCGAGAAGCUGCUUAUAGGAGAUACUGUCUACUCUGGCUCUCAGGAUAGUCACUGAGGCUGGCAGGAUGAACCCUCUUAACUGCUGCUAUCACUUUUUUUCCUGGCAAGCUCUGUUGGAACGGCUCUGGGUAGCCCAUCAACCAAGUGUUUGCUUCACAGCCUCCUUUUUACAGGGUUAUCCUUUUAAUGCUGACCUGGCUUGGUGCAUGCUUCCCGUACUCCUUUCUGCAACUCCAGUGGAAAAUACGUGCCCCCCAGGAGGGCGUAGCAACCUCAUUGUGUCCUGGAGCGAGUUUUGCAAUACAGGUAGCCAGGGAUUGCUUCUUGAACGCUCCCAGGUUCAGCUCAGUCCUUGACGCUCAUUCUCUUCAAUGGGAGGAGUUAGGUGAAUGUAUACCCCCCUCGUUUUAGUUUGACAGUGUCCCCUUUUGGUGUCGGAGACCCCUCUGAUCAUUGUGCAUUUGCAUUUCCAUCUAUGUAUAUCGUAGGAAACUGCUGCUUCACUGAAAGGGCUAUACACAUAUAUCCUUACCGGAGUGGGGGGUGGGUCCCAAAGCAAGUUUCACAUAAAGAAAAACCAUACCCCAAUUUCCCUCUUCCCGAAAACAAAUGAAUUGAUGGUACCGAGCUUGGAUGCUUGGAAGUCCUCAACCCGGUUCACAAGCUCCUUUUGCAUGGAUUAUUUGCAUCUUUUGUGUCCCGCUGCAUCCAGGAGAAGUGUAGAAAGAAAAUCAGCCCCUUACUACUAAAUGAGGAAAUUGCUACUGCCUAAGCAGACAAAUGGAUCUUUUUGGCAGCUGCAGCUGCUUCUCAAAUGCAUGACUGUCUCUAGGAUAAGUUAUAGGGACCAAGAAUAGUCUUGGGGUGAUGUUUCAGGGUGGGCAGGUUGGUAGGCUGCUGACGACUCUUUUUAAUCAAGUGAAGCCCUCAAACACCCUUUGGUAGCAGAAUCAAGCCCAGUGUUGGUGACCUAAAGCAAAACAAACAAACAAAACCCUGAUAACUCUGGAGAAAUACAGAGUUUAGACCAUAUCCUGGCCACUGCUUUUGGGAAAUAACAUGCAAAACAUCCAGUUUUAAGAUGCUGGGAACUUUUCAAACAACAAAUUAGAAUGAUCUGGAAUUAGUUGAAGUCAAAUGACAGUUCUAUAUUUUAAAAGCUUUCUUUUCUUUUUAAGUGGCAAUUAUAUAAGUCGGGGCCCCAGAAGAUUAAGCUCCUGUAGGGUUUACUUUGUUUUGCAAGAAGAGGAGGAGGGAAGAUUGUUUUUCCACCAGUAUAGACUUCACAAGAAAGUGUGGUUCACUGGUUUUUCUAACAUAUCCUUGUCAGCAAGAAUCAUUCCUGGUGGUUUGAAGGACAGGUUGGAAAGGCGCCCCCACCCCCUUUACAGGCUAGGUCCUAAUUCAAGGGCUGUUUUCCCCACAAUUGAGCAUUGACCCAAAAUGGCUGCCUCCUUAUUCCAGUGAGCAACGUGUCAAACUCUUUAAGAGGGUCAGACUUGUUAUUCCAAGAUCCCACCUCCCACCACUGCCCCCAUGGUUGGCCUGUGUGUUUUGUGAACAGAGUAAGGCACACGGAAGGUGGGGGGAGGUGAGUUUUACUUUCCCCCUCUCUCUGGAGUAAUGGCCACAUUGACCCCAUAGAGUUUUCCCAUGGCUGGGGAUCUUUGACUUACCGACUGUACAGGAAGGCAAUAGAUAUCCCUGUCAAAGGGCACUGAACCUGCAUGCAUAGCUGCUGUGUUCAGAACCAUCCUGUUAAGUUUUGCAGAGCAAGCAGAUUUGCAAGGACGAAGGAAUAUGCCUGUGUCUCUGCAUGGUGCUGUCCUUGCAGGUGGAGGAAAGGCUUCUGCUGCUCUGGGGAGACAGGAUUAAGAUCCUAAUUCAGUCUUACUGAGGCACAUCUAAUUUGUUUGUUUUUUUAGGGAUGGGGGAUCAGUUACCCUCUAGUCAUUGUUGGGACCUCAUCUCUCAUCAGCUCCAGCCAGCAUGACCAGGGAUGAUGGGAGUUGCAGCCUGACAAUAUCUGGAGGGUCGCAGGUUUCCCCAUCACAGACAGGAAAUAUGAUGUUUUCUCCCUUUGAACUGAGUUAGAGCAUAUAACUACCCUCCCUGCUGGAUUGGUCAUUGGUGUUGCAAGGUAAAGAUGUGCUGCCUUCUCUGUCUUCUUAAGGAUGCUACACCCUGGUUAUCAUUUGGUGAGUUAAAGGUGCAAUGAGGAUGCAGGACCUGUUGUACCUGUGCUCUUCCUGCAUCCCACCCACCUCCAGGCAAACAGUUCCUUUGAGGAAGGACAUCCUUAGAGGACACUUGCUUUGCGACCUAUUAGUUGCAUUCUCCUGCCCCCAGUUGAUACUGUGAUUUCAUCUCCACCAAGUUCAACAUAGCUGCAAAGGACGCCAGCAGACCUAUAAAGCAAUCACCCUUGGGGCACAGAUCAAUUUGUUGUGCUUUCCUCAGGCCCAUUGUCACCUUCUCAGUUUCAUUAAUUGGACUGACUCAAAUACUUUUCUUUUUUUAAAAAAAGCCUAACAAGUUAUUGUGGAGGAAAUGCUAGAGCUGAACACCCCGCCUGCACAAUGGCCUUUCUGUUGCACAAGUGGGGGGGGGUUGGUUCUCAGAUUUUGUUCUCCAUGCCCCCCCUUCCUUAUUCUCUCAUUCUCUGGCAUCUCCCUCAUGCUUACCAAAAGCACAGGUGACUCUUGUUUUUGUGCCAUAACACCCCCUUCCUAACCUCCUCCAGAUGUGCUAAUCAGCCAAAUUGUAGUGUUACCACUCACCCUGACUUGCUGAGCUUCAGCCACACACCUUGUUGAGAAAGAGAGUGAGUGUGACCAUUUCAUCUUUAGCAGAUUCUGCUAGGAUAUAUUCUCCCCUCACCACUGGAAAAGAGGCGAAACCUGGUAGCAAUUCACCUUUCUAUGCAUUCUGCCCUUCUUCCACUUCCUUUCCCCCUCUUUCCCUCAAGUUCCCAGGCUUUUGGCACCCUCUAGGGCUGGCCUGGUGCUGCCCCAUACUUUUCUUUCCUCCCCAUGUCAGCAGUGUCUUCUAAAAUGAAUGCGGCUAGGGAAGCAGACUCCCUUCCGAAGGAAUCACAUUUGCACAUGGUUCAGAGUAUCUUCUCUCUCUGACCCAUGUUUAUUAUUAUUAUUAUUAUUUUUAAUUACCUCACUUAAUUUUGGCCAGUUUUUGUUGCUAAGGUUUGAAGGACUGGCUUCCCAACCUGAGCUUUGCAUUGGAUUUUUUUUGGGGGGGGGGAUGGUGGCAUAAUGUAGCAAAGGAUCGGAAGCUGCUUGGGUGAUUUCCCCAUUGUUCAAUCUCCUCUGGAGUUUGGGAGAGUGAUUUCUGUUACUGCUUCCUUGAGAAAUGAGCAGCCACUUCAUUAUAAUGUUCCCUGUGUGGUGGUGAUGAUGACCUUAAACCCACCUCUCUUCCUCCCCCCCCCCACCUUAAGCAUGAACAUCUGGCUUAGUUACUGACGAUUGUUUCUCAGAUGUGCAAGUUUUCCUGACUACAUUUCAACACCUUUAUUGGUGGAGGGGUGGGAUUUUUUUGGGGGGGAGCGGGGGGGAGAGACAUAAAGGGAACAGACCAGAGGCCCUAGCCCUUCCGCACCUCCCAAAUAUUUCCCACAGCUGGAAGGGUCUGUGGUAGGAAGACAAAAUUCUGGCAUUGGGCUGAUGUGCAGAAGGACACCCCUGGUUGUGUCUGUAGGAGUUGUCUGGCUGUGUCUGUGUGUCUGACUCUGUAACUAUAAUAAAAACUUUGCGCUGUGCGCAAAGUCUAGUAUACAAAUUGAUUUAAAAGGAAAAAAAACAAGAACCACAAACUUGACUGCUAGAAACUAGGAGUUUAAAAAAAGGCUACAAAGCCAAAAUCUUAAUGUAAAGUAGCUAGGGGGGGGAAAUGGAAUAAGAGUAUGAAUAAAAUAUAAUGAACAAAAGAGAGAGAAAAAGCA